AAAGACUGAUCUUUGACUAGAUGGCAGUAACAUUUGAUGAUGUGACUAUUAGUUUUACUUGGGAGGAGUGGAAAUUCUUGAAUUCUACUCAAAAGAAGCUCUACAGAGAGGUCAUGUGGGAGAACUACACAAAUGUCAUGUCAGUAGGAAAGUGGAAUGAGAGUUACAAAUCCCAGGAAGAAAGAUUCAGAUACUUAGGACAUGGCAAUCUUUCUUGCUGGCAAGGAUGGAAGAAAGCCGGCACUCAGAUAUAUGAAAACCAGAACUGUGUGGAAACUGCUGAAAAGAAAGAGGUAGAUUCCAAGGACCUAAUGCAGCAAGACCUUUCCCACUGUCAGGAAUGGUUAAUACUCUCUACACAAGUACCAAGAUAUGGGAACUAUGAAAUGACUUUUCAAGAAAAAAGUUCCAGGAACUCUACGUAUAAAAAGUCUAUAACUUGGCAGUCCUUAGAACCAAAAAACACUAAAGAUUAUGGGAGAGAAAUUUGCAUAAGAGAUUCCCAUGGUUGUCAAGGAAACAGAUACCAUCUUGCCAUAUCCAAGAAAAGUCUCUCUCUGGCAGAAGCAGAGAAGCUCAUAGUUCAUCAUUCAUAUAUCCCAAUAGAAGAAGCCCUUCUGGAGUUCAGUGGUGAGAUAUGCCAAAAUGACCUGCUAAAAGACUCUAUGAAAGAGACACACUGUGGAUGUAGUAAAUGUAAAGAUAUUUAUUACUGGAACUCACAGUAUAUUCUACACAAGAGAGAGCCAUUUGGAGAAAAGCUCUAUCAGUGUUCCAUCAGCACAGCAUGCUUCUCUCAGAGAUCAGACCUGUAUAGACAUCCAAGAAUUCAGAUCGGUAAACCUCUGUAUGGAUGCAAUGAAGUUGAUGGUCACUUUAGUCAGAGCGCAGGUGUUUAUCAGACAGUCCACAGAGGGGAGGUUCCUUAUAUAUGUAAUGCAUGUGGUAAGAGCUUCCGCCAGAUCUCUAGUCUUCACAGUCAUCAAAGACUCCACACAGAAGAGAGACUCUAUAAAUUUGAGUGUGAUAAGGACCUCAGUAGAAAUUCAUUACUUCACAUUCACCAGAGACUUCACAUAGGAGAUAAACCUUUUAAGUGUGGUCAGUGUGGUAAGAGUUUUAGUCGGAGUUCAGUACUUCAUGUUCAUCAGAGGGUCCACACAGGAGAGAAACCCUAUAAGUGUGAUGAGUGUGGUAAGGGCUUCAGUCAGAGCUCAAAUCUUCGAAUUCAUCAGUUAGUCCACACGGGAGAGAAGUCCUAUAAAUGUGAUGAUUGUGGAAAGGGCUUUACCCAGCGCUCAAAUCUUCAAAUUCAUCAGAGAGUGCAUACAGGAGAGAAGCCGUAUAAAUGUGGAGACUGUGGGAAAGACUUCAGUCACAGCUCAGAUCUUCGUAUUCAUCAGAGGGUCCAUACAGGGGAAAAACCUUACAUUUGUCAUGAAUGUGGUAAGGGCUUCAGCAAAAGUUCCAAGCUCCACACUCAUCAAAGAGUCCAUACUGGAGAGAAACCUUAUCAGUGUGAAGCAUGUGGUAAGGGAUUCUGUCAGAGUUCACAUCUUCUGAUUCAUCAGAGAGUUCACACAGGAGAAAAACCCUAUAAAUGUGAUGAUUGUGGGAAAGGCUUUAGUCACAGCUCAAAUCUCCAUAUUCAUCAGAGAGUCCAUACAGGAGAAAAGCCAUAUCAGUGUGCCCAGUGCGGUAAGGGUUUCAGUCAUAGCUCAGCUCUUCGAAUGCAUCAAAGGGUUCACGCAGGAGAGAAACAUCCUAAGUGCCAUGAAUAUUAUAACAAAUUUGAUCAAAACUCCCAUCUUCACAACAAUCUUAGACGAGAAACUUUAUAA